GUACAUAGUCCUCGAGGGCGAAGCAAAAGUACGAUGGAAUAAAAAUAAGAACAAAAAUUCACAGGAUUUUCAUCAGGGCUUGCAUUUCAAAGGAAAUCAGACUUACUUGAGCCACAAAACAAGUGUCUUUGGAUCGGGAGAGUUGACCACUGGAACACAUACCUACGAAUUUAGUAUUCCCUUGCCUUUAGAAUGCCCAUCUUCAUUGGUUAUGGAAUACGGCAAGAUAUCUUAUGUGAUAUCGGUGGUUAUCGAUCGUGAGGACCCUUUCAACAACCUUUUUCAAUACCCGUUGACGAUCCUGCAAAACUACAAUCUUAAUAUGAGCCCAGAGCUGAUGACACCCUUAGUUCAUGAGGACAUGAAACACUUUUGUUGUUGGUUCUGCCGUUCCGCGCCAGUUCUGUACACUUUUAUAAUACCCUACGGGGGCUAUGCUCCUGGCCAGAAGAUUCAAUACAUCAUGAAGAUUAAUAACCAGUCGACUUACGAUGUGUAUGGUUUUGAAGUUAACCUUAGACAGAAAACUAAAUUCCAAUCUCAAGUACCCCAAAAAAAGGAACGGGUGUUGGAAAAUAACGUAAGUCACAGCCUCCAAAAGGAGUCGGUGCUACGUCUGUCUAGGAAGGUAUUCACCGGACUUCUGGACAUCCCAUCAGUGCCACCUUCUUCCCGCAAUGAAGGUAUCAUUUCGGUGCGGUAUUUUGUGUCGGGAUACAUUGAUAUGGGGGAGUGCCACAUGGAUGCGGAGUUUGAAAUUCCCAUAGUAAUUGGCACAAGUCCUUUUCCCCAAAGGGAAGAAGAUAUCUCGAUUUCGCAGCUCUUUGAAACUGAAAAUUCGGGUACGCCAAAUAGUGUUUCUUCCGAUCAGCCACCAAACUAUGAUAAAUGCAAACCACCAAACUACGAAGAGGCAACCCAGUUUGGAAGACAUUUCAUCGACACCGAUGUGGAUGAUCAAAACCGUAGGGAUGACUUUCUACCUCGAUAUCCGAUGUUUCUGCCCACGGCUCCUCCACCGCCUCCGGAGGACGAGAUAUUAUCUUUAUUGCAGCCUGAUGCCGAUCGUCCAAGGGAUGGAUGCACUGGAUCUGGAGGAAGAGGCACCAAGCUUCUUGGAGGAUCCAGAACUGGAGGAAGGAGUUUCUGGGGACUAGAGUGGAGCAACUGGCUCACCCGAACCUUGGCCCUGAUCUGCAAGAGGGCAUCUUACAACCACGUCAUCUCAUCGGAUGCAUUUCGACCCAGUGGCGACACCAACGAGGAUGACCCCGAUCCGGAACCCGAUCAGGAGGCUUGGCCUGGAAGAAGAGGCACCAAGCUUCUUGGAGGAUCCAGAACUGGAGGAAGGAGUUUCUGGGGACUAGAGUGGAGCAACUGGCUCACCCGAGCCUUGGCCCUGAUCUGCAAGAGGGCAUCUUACAACCACGUCAUCUCAUCGGAUGCAUUUCGACCCAGUGGCGACACAAACGAGGAUGACCCCGAUCCGGAACCCGAUCAGGAGGCUUGGCCUGGAAGUGCCACUGGCCCAGGAGGAGCUCUCCAUCCUCUCGAGAAGGAUGCACUGGAUCUGGAGCAAGAGGCACCAAGCUUCUUGGAGGAUCCAGAACUUGAGGAAGGAGUUUCUGGGGACUAG